AUGAUUGUUGGACCAUUGUCCACUCAGUUGAAAGCUCGAGAUAGGGCACCAGUUGGAAGGAGAGUCCACAACUUAACAUGUAAGUAUUCUCUUCCUGUCAUGGAGCUGUCCAAAUUGAGCUGGUUUGAUUGGGACUCAUCUGUUAAAAAGGAGGAGGAAAGGCAAAUUUUAGUACGGUUACUGAAAAUCGAAACUGGCAACAUCUUUUCACUACCGGCUUGA